AUGGAGUUUUGCCUCUCCCCUGAAUCAGAAAAAGGCGAAGAAGAAGAUAUUGAAGUGGACGACGACAUGGCAGAGAAGAAAGGAAAGGAUGCAGUCAUUUGCCCUCACUCUGAAUCAGAAGAAGAAGAUUAUGAGGUAGACGACGAAGAGACGAGUAGUCAAUCUUGCAGCGACGAGGGGAGCGACUGGAACGAGGAGGAAGAAGCCGAUUUUGAGUCCUCCGAAGAUAGUGAUGACGAUGAAGGAGGUUCAGAGUCAACCAAGGUGCUCGACAUUAAAGACAGCUACAACAGAGUCAUCCACUUUCUCAGAGGAGAAAGUGAUGUACAAGAACUUAAACUAGUAGAGUGCAAAGCAUACUUGCGGAAGCAUGGAUUGAGAUUAACAGGAAACAAAGCAGUUUGUAUACAAAGAAUGAAGGAGCAUUGGAGGAUAGAAGAUGGAAUGGGUGAGAAACUAUAUCCAAGAUCAUCUUUUUUCAUUAACUGUACAGGUGAUGUCUGUACAGGUGAUGUUGUUUUGUUUACACAAAGGGUUCAUGAGAGAUAUGACAAAGUGACAAGGAAUGGGGAUCUUCUGGGAAAACGAACUAUAGCUGGAAAGGUUGUGAAGGAAAGUUAUGGUGCAGCAAAACAGCAACAUACCUUCACGGUUGAAGUACUCUGGAGUAAGGGUUUCAAGAGAUUGCCUCCACUGUUUCCUUUGCUUGUGAAGGGCCGUAACCUCUACAGAUUUAAGACUUUUCGACAGCGCUGGGAUAAUGAAGAAGAAAGAUCCAUUGUUCUUGCCGAAAAGCACAAAAGAGGCGGAGAAGCAAGGCGUCUUAAAGCAACGAGGACAGCAAGACCUGCAAAUCAAGGUUGUAAGCAUACGAAACAAUCUGAUCAUGCAGGAUGUCCAAAGAGAAGGAGAAACCAAGAAUGUGCGAAAAGACAGAAGCAUCUUGAUUCCCAAGGAAAGGCCCCAUUACUUGAACAGGGAAAACCAAAGAGAGUCACUAGGGGAAUAAUUCCUAAAUCAUCUUUGAGAAACCUGGAAGAUAAAGUCCCUACUUUUCAAGCCCAUUCACAAAAUGGUCAACUCAAGGAUUCUCAGUUUAUGGGCCAUGAAAAUAGAGGGCCAUGCCAUGUUUAUAACUACAGAGCAGGUUCUGCUUUAGAUGCAAUGAGAUUGGCACCUUUCAGGGAUUGUACAAAUCAAAAGCUGGUGCCUACAAUCAGGCAUCGAAGGUACAAACAGAGCAGCUAUGGUUUCCAUGGAUACCAGUAUGGUGAGAGGAAUGUAAACUGUUUUGUGAACCAACGUGGUAGUUUACAUCAAGGGUACAAUCAGAGCAACCAUGGUUUCCAUUCAUACCCAGAUACUGCAUACCAGUUUGGUGAGAGGAAUAUAAACAAUUUUGUGGACCAAGGUGGUAGUUUACAUCCAAUAUCUAUGGAAGCUGAAAUGUAUGGACGACGAAGGAGUGCUUUCCUGCAUUGUCCUAUGAGGAGACCUGGGAGCUGAUGGUU